UAAUGCAGUUUUAGCAACACAUAUGACAUUAGAACAUUUUAAUUCAGUUGUUAUGCUAGAUAAUGAAUCUAUGUAUAAAGUCAUAGAUUUGUAGAUAGGUUUAGAUUUUGUUGAUUAUCCUCACUUAAAUAAUCUAGUAGCAUAAAUUAUUAGUACUUAUACAGGUCUAAGAAGAUAUAGUAAAAUUGAUAACAAUAAAUUAUUUUCUGGGCUUUGUCCCUAUCCAAGAAAUCAUUAUUUAAUUCCAUAAUAUGGACCUUUGGCAUCUGUUGAUGACUCUAUUAAUUAAGAAUUAAAUGAAAAAUCGCUUAUAUCAUAUGUAACUAAGGCAGAAUAAAGAUUAUUGUAAUGUUAAAUUAAACCUAAUUAUAUUUGUGCUUCUUUUAUUCAUCGUUCUAAAUAUAAGAAUCCAUUUUUUGGUUAAACUAAUUUAACUCUAUAAAAUAUUAAAAUUAAACAUUAAGAAGCUCCUAAUAUAUUUUAAUGUUAAUCCAAAAAUUAUGUAGUUAUUCCAGAAUUAGCCUAAUUAAAGUAAACUGGUAUAUUUUUAUCUAAUGAUGCUUCUGUAUAUAAUUAUUUUGAUAUUCUUGGAAAUAAAUAUGAUUAGCUCUAUACUAAAAGAGCCUUUGUUCAUUGGUUUGUUGGAGAAGGAUGUGAAUCUGGUGAAAUGUCUGAAUGUAGAGAAGAUUUACUUGCCCUUAGUAAAGACUAUGAAGAAUUAACAUAAGAAGGAUAGCAUUAAUGUGGAUUAGGAGAAGAUUAAGAUAUUGAAUGA